AUGGCCGCCUCACAGCCUGAACCCUGGGGUGGCAAAAUCAUCCGCUACAAGAAACUACCUUCAGCAGAGAGCGAGGACCCUGGGAACGAGUCGAGCAGCUCGGACGAAGACCUGGGAACGAGAAUCGCGAAGUUCGCGGGAUUGAAUGGUAGUCCCGGGGAACGAGAUUACGACGGAACCGGAACGGACGGGGAACGAGAGUGGCCCGCAGAGGAUCCUGGGAGCGUGCUGGUGGACACCUGGGAACGAGGGGCCGUGCCCAAGUCCCCGGAUGAAUGGUCCUCGGCGCGGUCCUCGCUGGCCUGGGAAGAGGAAGACCAGUCGGUGGUCUACGAGCGCCCUCCAGCGGCAGGGCACCUCCCUGCACCCCCUGUGCACAGGAAAGUGUACAACAAGCCUGUGGAGAUGUUGGAGGCGAGUAGCAGUUCCAGUAGCAGCCUGGCCGCUCCGUACCAGGGCCCCGCGCAUGUAGGGUUCAACCGGGCCGGAGGGCCCGCUGAGCACACCGCUCCGUACCACGGCACCGAGCGCGUGGGACCCAACCGGACCGGAGGGCCCGCUGAGCCCGUCAGGAACGGACUGGCCGAGGAACGAGAGGGCGCCAGACUGACCAAUGGCGACUGUAGUCCCCAGCCGCCCUCCAAUCACGUAAGAAGCAGUCGGGAACGAGUCAGUCUCGAAAUGCCGGACGAAGUCGUGAUUUCCAGCGAGCCCAAAGAUGGGGCCGGGCCGGAAAUACCCGAGGAAGUCUGUAUCGCCCAGCGGCCCGGGGACCACGUCAAGGUCGCAAUGCCAUGGGAACGAGAUGGUGCUGACCACAAAGUACCCGAGGCACGAGGCGGACCGAAAGGCAGGACUGAGGAGGAAACGCUUCCGAGUACGGGAAGUACCGAGGAACGAGAGGCACGCCUUAGUACCGGAAGUACCGAGGUACGAGAAGCAAGCCCCAGUACCGGAAGUCCCAGGGAACGAGUCGCCUCUACGCCAACCAGCAUUUCUACCGUCAUUAUUUCUACAGAAGCGCCACCUACCGGUUCUAGGCCGUCUGUGCGGCCACUGCGGUGGGACCCACACCUGCCUCGCACCGUGCAGGGCGGAGACCCCGCCCGGGACCCGCCGGGAAACCUGCCGGACCCCGACAGGGACCCGCUCGGGUACGACGUGUACGCCCGCAGUAUUGCAGAGAUCGUGACGGACGAGAGAACGGAGAUGCCGCUGACGGUGGGCAUAUACGGCGGCUGGGGCAUGGGCAAGACGUAUCUACUCGCACUGAUGAAAGUGGCGGUUGACAACAUCAUGUCGAAGAAGGGAAAGGAAUACGAGGCGAUGGUUAAAGGAGAAAAGGACGGAGUGGAAGAGAAUAAGAGCCGCGGCCAGAAAACCAGGUUCCCCACGGUCCUGUGCUCAGUCCUGCUGUUCCUGUUCGUGGCGUGUCUGUGCGCGACCAUCGCCUGCGGGAUCCACUUCGACCGGGUCUGGGUCGUCUUUCUCGUCGGCACGGUGGUGGCAUUUGUGCUGCUGGUGGGGACGGUCGUGUACGGUUUCAGGCGGCGGAUCCUCGACUGUUGCGCCGCGAAGAUCCCCCUUCUGCAGAAGUCCAACCCGAUGUAUUGGAUGGUGGGCAUCUACUUGGAGUGGGUGGACCCUCCCAACAUGGCGGAAGCUCCUAAAUCGGAAAAGCGCUAUGAGGUGAUUUGGGUGAAUUUUAACGCCUGGGAGUUCUCCGGCUGCAAGGUAUUGUGGGCCGGGAUUGUCACUACUCUGUGUGACGCAGUCGAGUCAAAGGUCGGCAGCAAGCCGGCGAGGUUCUUCCGGGUCAUCCAGGGCCAGUUGAAUGGAGGCGGGAAGAAGGCUCUUUUCAGACGAGCGUGGUUCAAGCUGCUGCUAUCCGCAGUGGGCGUGGUUAUACUGGUGGUCAUCGUGCUGGUUCUGCUGCUGUCUGGGGGUGCAGCGGAGAUCGACAAGUUCAUGCAGGGUCCGCAGAUCCAAGGCAUUAUCGGGUCUAUCACGGGUUUCUUGGGUCUUGGCAUCGUGGUGCAUCUUAGGAAGGGGCUGGACCUGGUCAAGAACAUGGCCAAGUCUCAGAAGGAGAAGCUGGACGCCAGGAUGAAGAAACCGGACUUCGCCGAGCAGCUCGGAUUCAUGUCUGAGGUGAAGUCGGAGGUUCAGACGGUGACGUCACUGCUGCGGUUCCUGGAGCACGUGAUGCGGAUCCAGUACCGCGUCAUCAUCGUGGUGGACGACCUUGACUGUUGCCCGGGCGACCGCGUGAUUGGCGUGCUGGAGUCCAUGAGCAUCCUGCUGUCGGAUGAAGAGACCAACAUCAUCUCCAUCGUCGCCAUGGACCCGAAAAUCGUCGUCAACUGUCUGGAAAGUCGUCUCACGGACACCAUCACAAACAACUCCAGCGGGUACGAGUACCUGCGGAGGAUCGUGCACUUCCCCGUGUGCCUGCCGGAGCCGAGCGUGGAGGAACGGCGGAAGCUGUUCUACAAGAUUGUGGAGGGAAACGGCAUCCUGGUGCGGCGGUACGUCUCCGUCAAGACGGGAAGGAUCUCAUUCAAGGCGGGCACCAAGGCGAAACAGGCGUACCAGGCGGACUCCCAAGGACGCACCUCCGCCAAGGGCAGACCGUCCUUGUGGACAGCCCUUCCGGAUGCGCAAUAUGAUGACCUUGAAAACCAAGAUGGCGGCCGCCAGGACAUUUCGAACCAAGAUGGCGGCGCCCAGGACGAAACUGACGAAGCAGAGGAAACAUUGAGGAGAGCGGUACGAACACAAGUCAGCACAUACGGACUCCUGAAUAACUUCAGGCUAGACGACGUGAAAGAAGAGUAUGAAGACUAUCUAGGUGACGUCAUACAGGCGUUAGAUGACGACGACGAUGACGCAGAGAAUGACAUCAUGCCUUAUAUCCAUGGCAACGCGCUCCACAUCACCAGCCUCUACCACGUACUGCGCAUGACCGUGAAGGUUCUCAGGCACAGGCAGCUGCUGCAAUGCGUGACGCCUCGCCAGGUGGCGCUGUGGGUGGUUCUGGUGGAGCAGUGGCCCUACCGGACCAGCUGGGUACUGCAGUACGUCGAGGACUGCCAGCAGAAGGACAGAAUAAAGCAGCGAAACCCUCAAGAGACGGGAAAGGAUGAGAUAAACACAAUAAACAAUGACACGAAGCUGGCUGACGUGUUCCAGAAGCUGAAACCGGAAAUGAACGUGGACGAUUUCCGGCGUCUGAAUAACCUUGACGGUGACCCCGAGAUGUUCGAACUGCUGCUGGGCGAGUCCAAGUUCACCGUGAAGGACAUGUCUAACCUGCUCCCCUGCACCAUCAACUUGGACUAUUCCAUCCAGCGCCGGAUCGCCACAAUCAGAGGCCUCUCCCUGGAGUACUGAUAGGAUCCGCUAGGGGUCUCCCUUACAGCGUGUUCUUC